GAGGUGGCGGGAGCCGGCCGGAGCCAGGCGGGAGCGGGCCGGGAGGAGCCGCCAUGGAGCGGAAGAGUGCUUUUCCUUUGGGCCAAGCUUCCCCAGGAAGAGACAGGACUCUCAGUCAUUUCAGCCCCAGUGGGAAGAAGUUCCGGAGCAAGCCGCAGCUGGCGCGUUACUUGGGCAGCUCCAUGGACCUGGGCACCUUUGACUUCCGCACGGGGAAAAUGCUGAUGAACAAAAUGAACAAGAACAGGCAGAGGAUGCGCUACGACUGCUCCAACCAAGCCAAAGGCAAGCCUGAUUUGAACACAGCCCUGCCCGUGAGACAGACAGCCUCUAUCUUCAAACAGCCCGUCACAAAGAUCACAAACCACCCCAGCAACAAGGUGAAGAGUGACCCCCAGAAAGCUGUGGACCAGCCCAGGCAGCUCUUCUGGGAGAAGAAGUUGAGUGGACUGAAUGCCUUUGACAUUGCAGAGGAGCUGGUGAAAACAAUGGACCUUCCCAAAGGGUUGCAAGGGGUUGGUCCCGGCUGCACGGAUGAGACUCUGCUCUCUGCCAUCGCCAGUGCCCUGCACACCAGCACCAUGCCCAUCACUGGCCAGCUCUCUGCAGCCGUGGAGAAGAACCCUGGGGUCUGGCUGAACACCUCCCAGCCUCUCUGCAAAGCCUUCAUGGUGACAGAUGAAGAUAUCAGGAAGCAGGAGGAGCUGGUGCAGCAGGUGAGGAAGAGGCUGGAGGAGGCCCUGAUGGCUGACAUGCUGGCCCACGUGGAGGAGAUCGCCAGGGAUGGGGAGCCUCCCUCGGAGAAAGAAGGAGCUGAAGAGGAAGGAGAAGAAGAAGAGGAGGAGGAGGAGCAGGACCAUGACCAGGAGAUGGAAAAUGUAUAGUCCAGGGAGUUCCAUCUAAGAAUUCCCAGUAUAAACCCAUUCAGCAGGGUCAGCACAACCAUUCACAGAGCCAAGAGUGCACCACCAGUCCAGCUGUACCCCAGAGCCUUUGGAUGGACUUCAGGAAACGUGGAAGCUGAUGGUUCAUUCAUUGCUGGGGAGUUUUGCAGAUGGAACUUGACUAAACUCUACUCCCCUUCCUUUUUCUAAAGGGGUAGGGUGAUUGGAAAUGCAAAAGUGGGAGGGGAUAAAGAAAUACCAUGUGGUGGGAGGGAAAAUCCUAGGAACUGAAUUUUCUGUUUCUUUUUUUUUGUUUGUUUGUUUUUUGUUUGUUUGUUUUUUUUAAUUACUUUUUGUGGUUCAGUAAUGGGUAAUACAUUUUUAAGCUUUUCUAUCCAAGUACUUUUAAUGACCCACAGAAACAACUUCCCCUCUAACCCAAGGGAGGGAGAUGCUGUUUCACUCCUUGGCUACUCUGCUGUGGGCUACCUGUUUGUACCUGACUGUAGGGAGGUCAUUUCAUGUUGUGAAUGGUUCAUUCCAUGUGUGAAUUCCAGUCACUGAAUUGCCAUUUCCUCACAAGACCACAUUGGUCUUGGAAGUGUAGUCUCAGAGCUGAGCUGCCAGUGCCUCUCCCACCUGAGCUUGGGUGAGGAGGGGAAGCUGCACUUGAGGACUUGGGCUGCCAGCUCUGGGAAUUGGGAGUUUUGGUUAUUCCACACCACGGUUUGGAUACAGAGCUUUGUGUGUCCAGACAUUUUGAACAGAGUCUUGGAGGCAAAUAUACCCAGCCUGAGGUAUAUUUUACUUUGGUUUAAAUCCAGUCAGAAGGACUUUGUCAACUGGGGAUGGAAGGAGGACUCAUUUCUGACUGGUAAUGAGGAAAACUUCCUCCUUUUUCUCUUCUGGUGCCAAGAACCUGCCCUCUGUUCCUCAGUGUGGAGGGAAGGGGAUCCAUUCCAACAGGUGUGGCUUCACACCUGCUUUUGUGUGCAGUAAUGUUCUGACCUCUUUAAAAAAAAAAAAAAAAAAAAAAAAAAA